CUAGCCUGCUCGAGCAGCCUCCUCUAUAUAUAGCUUAUAUAAAUACAUUUUAUUAAUGUUAGACGCUUGACAAGACUUAAAACGACUGUGUCUUUUAAUGUGCAGACACAAAGUCGCGGGGAUUGUUUAUGUAUAACAGUACUAAAAAACGAAGCUACAGUUUGCCUUUAUCAGUAUGUCUUACUUGGAAUGGGCAGAGUCUCAGCUUGCGGAGAUAGAGCUGCUGACCAGCAUGUUUCCCACCCAGGAGGAGCUGGAGAUCACAGACCAGCUGGCACUGGCGGAGCUCAGGGGCUAUGUGGAGGGCUCAGCUUCAGCAGACAGCCCCCCUCCCUCCAGACCUCACUUUCUCAUCAAACAGAAGCUGGACACUACACAUGUUUUUCUCUCUUGUGCCUACCCAUCCGAAUAUCCCAGUGUGUUUCCAGAGAUAACAGUCCGGUGUGCCAGUCUCAGCAGGGCCCAGCAGACACAGCUCCACACAGAUCUCAAUGCAUACCUCAUGGAGAACUGCCUGGGGGAAGUUUGUGUGCUCUCUGCUGUGGACUGGGUGAAAGACAACCUGCAACUCUUCAUUAAUAAGAGCUUGUCAGCAGCAGCGGCUCCAAAGAGAGAGUCCUCCUCUUCUCGGCCACAGGAAAUGUUCAGCCGAAUGUGGAUUUAUAGUCACCACAUUUACAACAAAACAAAAAGGAAGAACAUCUUGGAGUGGUCCAAGGAGCUGGGCCUGUCAGGAUUUAGCAUGCCGGGAAAGCCUGGUAUUGUGUGCGUGGAAGGUCCUCAUUCUGCCUGCGAGGACUUCUGGUCCAGAGUGAAGGUUCUGACAUGGAAGAAGAUCAUGAUUCGACAUAGAGAGGAUAUUCCCCUUGAUCGUCCGGGCGAGGACGGCAGAACUGUUCAAAGUAUAGACUCCCUGCGCAAAUUCACAGGCUUUGAAGAGACAAUGUUUGACCCCCAUGGGAACAGAGGUAAUCACAUGGACCUUGGGCAGCUCUACCAGUUCUUAAAUGAGAAAGGCUGUUGUGACGUCUUUCAGAUGUAUUUUGGAAUUGAAGGGAGGUAAUGGUCAGGCCCAGAGAAUCAAUAUACACUGGUAUUUGACUGGUGCUUGAAUUGAAGUAAUUUCUUCUGGAAAUAUGUGUUAACUUAAAAUUGAAAUAAAUUCACUACUGUUUUAGGGUUUCUUUGUUUCACAUACAUGCACACAAAUGGGUUGUGAGCAUGUGGUCACAUGCGCCUGAAAAACUGAAUUAACUGAAUAACCAUUUCACUGAUGUUGCACAGUCAUGACGCCUGGGACUUCAUCAGCAUAAAAGGCAGAAAGAAACAUUUCUGCAAUUCUGAGAAACUCAAACCUCUUUUUAGCUAAUAGGCAUGUUUUUCAAAAAAGAACCAUUAAAAAGAUGUUUAUCUGAGUUUUCUCGAGGACCUCAGUUAUAUUUGCAAUUUUAAUACUCCUGCAAGGAUCACACCUUGCCCUAGGUGUUUCUUUCAUCAAAUGGCACCACUGUGUAUUCCUGCCAGGCUAUUAUAGGAUUUUCAGGUCUGAUACCACAUUAAUAAUUGGACAACAUAGUCAACAAUCUGCUAGAUAUCUGUUUAUGAAAUCUGUUGAUUUUCCCUCGUAUGAAUUAUAGAUAACAUAACCGUGGAAAGUGUCUGUCCAAUUUUCUUUGAAUGAUUGGUUCUUAGAUAAAUUGUGCAUAAUUGUGGAUUACACUGGUAAUUAAA